AAAUGACGUCAUGUAGAAUUCCUAAAAAAAUAAUUUUUUUAAUCUGGCAACACUAUACGUUAGAUCAGCGUGGUACACUAGAUGUUGAUAUUCUAGUAAACAUUCGUUGAAUGUUCUUUUUAGAGGUAAAUUGUGUUAGCAUAGUAUUAAAUAUUUAAAGCCGAUUAUCAAAAUUGGUAAAAGAUACUGAAUCAAUGUCAGGAAGUCAUGCUUUUAUGUCAUUUGCCUGUCGAUUACGUUCUAACAAGUAUUUGACGGGUGAUAGAUGUGGUUGGAGGCCGUGGAUUCAGCGAUGGAACCACGAAAAAUCGACUGUAUUCAGAAAAGAAUUAUGGUGCCAGAUAAAUAACAAAUUAAUCAUAUUAGGUGAAAUAUUAACGAAACAAUGUAAUUUUUAUGCAUCUCAAAGACUGAGAAGAACGUCUCAGAUUUGGUAUUUAUAUACUAAACUUUACAACGAAAAGAGUUUUCAUCGUUUUGUAACGAAAAUUGUUAAACAAUUACGUUUUGAUAAGAAGAAGCCAGUUGGGAUGUUAUUAGGUGCCUGCUUAUUUUCAUGGGAUAAAGUUAAAAUUACUCACGAAGAAAUAAAUAGGUAUGUGGAAGAAUUUGAUAAAAUAGGAAAUGAUGUAUCUAAAUCUUUGAAGUAUUGUCAUAAUAAGUCAAAUAAAAUUGCCUUUGAUGAAGGAUGGGAACCAGUUAUUUCUAAAGAGAAUUUGUUUUUAUGGAGAAAAUCAAUGCCAGGAACAUAUUUAUAUGAAUAUAAAGUAUAUGGAUCAUUUUUUGAUAUACCACCUCGAGUAUUUUUCCAUGUUCAGAAAGACACUGAAUAUCGAAAGAAAUGGGAUAAACUUGUAAUUAAAUUAGAUAUUAUUGACAGAGAAGGUGAAGAUGGUAAUGAAGUGGUUCAUUGGGUUAUGCAUUAUCCUAAAGACACUGAAUAUCGAAAGAAAUGGGAUAAACUUGUAAUUAAAUUAGAUAUUAUUGACAGAGAAGGUGAAGAUGGUAAUGAAGUGGUUCAUUGGGUUAUGCAUUAUCCUAAUAUGAAAUUUUUACAGAUUGAUUACUCUAAUAAUGUAAUGGUCCUAGUUUCUCGAGCUGCCGAUCAUCCUUCCUGCCCACCAAACAAUAAAUAUGUUAGAGUCACUAAUUACAGUUCUAGAAUGGUCAUAAAACCUCAUAGAGGAUUUGAUGAGAAUGGCUUUGAUUAUAUCUUGACUUACUUUGAUGAUCCCCAAGCAGCAUUUCCAUCUCCUGCUUACAACUGGAUGGCAUCCUCAGGGGUUCCUGACUUCGUUGAAAAACUGCAUGCUGCAGCCCAAGAACUCUAUCGUCAUUCUUGGUCUCAUUCUGUGGUCUCUUCAUCAAAUACCUGCCCUUCUAAUGGAAUUCAAUAUGCUUAUGCUUAACUGAAUCUGAAAAAUAUGAACCAUACAUAAAUAUGAGAAUUCAUCAAAAGGAAUUUGAAAUAUUAAAAAUAGGUUAGAUGUACAUGUUAUUAUUUUUAUGAAAACUAGAAUAAGAGAAUUAAAAGUUUUCAUUUUACUCCCAUACCAAUGUUUUACCAUAAAAUUUUUUAAAUGUAGUCAAUUUGUGCCAUCUCAUUAGACAUAUAGCCUAGUAUUUAUAAUUUUAUAUUACCUGUAGUUUUCUCUUAAAUGAAAACUGUAGGGCUUAUUAUAAAUCUCUCAAUGAAUUUCUUACAUAAUCUUGAAAAGACAAUUUUAUUCUACUCCUGCCAAGAUUAAAAAAAAUGUUUUCAUACUUGAAUUUAUAAUAAUCAACAGCUUAACAGUGGGUUUAUUAUAGAUUAUAUUAUUGUGAGAUAAUAAGAUGGAUAGUAGUUAUACUGUAUCUAUAAUCUGAGAAAAUGUUGAAAAUAAAAAUAUUUACUGAAAA